GUAACUUCUUGUUUGCUUGCUGAUUGCUGGCUGUCAUAAAAAACCCUUAUGUCGUCCCUGGCGAAGAACCAUCGAUUUCUUUAAUUUUGAGGAAUUUAUUUCUUUUGUUACGCUUGCACUUAUUUAAACCCAGAGAUCGUUUCAGUGUUUGCCUUUUUUGUGAUUAUUUAAUGCGAAAACUGUGUCAAAUCUUGAUGAAGUAAAAUUAGUUCAUUUGAUAAUAUUUUCGUAAGAACGUAGCAAACCAAUACAAAACCAAAUUGGAAGAUUACCCAAGGCUGUGAGUAGAUAGUUAACUCGCAAUUAUAAAAAGUAUAUUCCUAAGGAAUUUAAUAAGGAGUGAAUUAAUCCAUUUGAAAUAAAUUGAGAUUUCUCUCGACGCCAUGUUGUCAAUGUUGUUAUUUACUCGCUGACUUGCCUCGGACAGUCGUGCUAUGGGUUUAUCGUAUUGUGUCCCGAUUGCGUGAGUGAGCAUGUUGGAGGAUGUGCCCGUCCACGGAAGCCGGAACGAUGUCAGAGGUCCGAAACUACCUGCGCAUCAAAGGAAUCUCAGUUUGGACUUUAGACAUGUGACGGGUGCUAGCGGGCCGCCGGCGGGAUGCGGCCACCAAAGAAACAGAUCCUUGGACUCUGUUCUCCAAAGGAUACCGGAGGAUAUGACACCGACCUCUCCGGAGGGUGCGCCGCUUCGGAUUCCUAUGGAAGUGCCUGCGCCGAGGCUCGCUCUACCUCCGGAAAUUCCAGCGGGAUCAGAUGACUCUGGUAUUCACACACCACCUGACGGCGCAGACGAGGAACGGCCACAGCCACCGGCCGCAGCUCGAUCCAGAGAAAGCCUCGAUUCCGGUAAUCCUGAAGAAACAGACAAACCGCCGGAUCCACCGGACACUGUCGUCGAUGCACCGAAAUCAGAAAUAUCCGCCGCCGAGACAUCGAAAAACAAAGACUUUCUGUUACGGUUGUUUGAGAGUAAAUUGUUCGACAUGAGUAUGGCUAUCUCAUAUCUGUUCAAUUCGAAAGAGCCGGGUGUGCAGACAUAUCUGGCGAACAAAUUGUUUUCAUUUCCAUAUGAAGACGUGGACUUCUACUUGCCACAGUUGGCGACAAUGUAUAUAGAAAUGGGCGAUGUGGCGGACGUGCUUAAACCCUACUUGGUGCACAGGUGUAAACAGAGUGCUGAGUUUUCGCUUCGGCUAGCGUGGUUGUUGGCUGCAUUCGGUGGUGAUACAAAACGAUCGAAAGCGACAAAGCUGAGAGAUUCCAUUCUCGCGGAAGAAAUUAGGCCGGCGGCUAGAAGGGGUCACCACAGAUCGCAGUCUGACGCUUCGGCGUUAAGGCUGGCAACACCGUCUGGAAGACACCUAGGUGAUCUGGCUUCAGGACGUGCCUUUGAUAAUGGAUGUCUUUGUGGCGAACAGUGUUCGUGUGGUGCGCCUCGGUUGGCUCCGCAAACUCAGUUCCUAAACGCGCUGACGAGUAUCGGGCGCCGUCUCGCCGGCGUCGCGGACAAGGAGCGGCGAAAUGGGCGGCUCCGGGCGGAAUUAGCCGCUCUAGACCUUAACCUGCCGGCUCGUGUGUGGCUGCCCUUACAUCAGCGAUCACACUACGUGCUGAGGAUACCACCGCACGCCGCCGCCGUGCUGAAUAGUAAAGAUAAGGCGCCCUACAUAAUGUACGUGGAAGUACUGGAAACGGAUGGUCACGAGCCCUUGCCACCUCGUUUGCUGCCGCCCGCGCCCCCCGCCCCCCACUCCCCACCAAUCAGGCACACGAAGAGCGAAGAGAAUCUGGUGCCAGAAUGGCCGGUGUGGUCGCUGUACUCGGCCUUAGAUGAUGUGGACGCGGGAGACUGUUGGAGUCAUGAUGAUGAUGACUUGAGCACGCAGUACCCGCAUAGAGCGCCGGCGCCGGAUAGCUUGUCUCAGGUGUCAGCAGUAUCGGCGUUGUCGACAUCGUCUUGCGGUUCUCGCGAGUCGGUGGCGGUGGGCGCGGGCGAAGUGAGGCGGCGACUGGCGGACGCCACCGCGGCGCCUCCGCCGAACGCCUUCAAACACGACCCCGCCGACCCUUCUGCUACUGCGCUCAAAGAAUCGUGGGAAUGCAAGUUGGCCCGUAUGCGUACAUCCUCGCCGUACGGUUCCCUGCCCGGCUGGCGGCUGCUCGGCUGCAUCGUCAAAGUGGGCGACGACCUCCGCCAAGAGAUGUUGGCAGCUCAACUCCUGAGGAGACUCCAGUCCGUUUGGGCACAAGAACGGGUGCCGUUGAAACUGCACCCCUAUGAAAUAUUGUGCUUGGAUAAGGAGUGUGGACUGAUUCAGCCGGUGCUAAACUCAGUGUCGCUUCAUCAAAUCAAGAAGCAGUCCGGCAAGAGCCUGCGCGCGUGGCUGGAGCUGGAGCACGGGCCGCCCACCAGCGAGGGCUUCCUGCGCGCGCAGAACAAUUUCGUGGAGUCCGCCGCUGCGUACGCGCUCACUAGCUAUCUACUGCAGUUGAAAGACCGACACAAUGGCAACAUUCUGCUGGACAGUGCUGGGCACAUUAUACACAUCGACUUUGGAUUUAUAUUCUCGAUAUCUCCGAAAAACCUCGGCUUUGAGAGUUCUCCAUUUAAGUUAACGACAGAAUUCGUGGAAGUGAUGGACGGCGAGCAAUCGGACAUGUUCCAAUACUUCAAGAUUCUCAUACUGCGGGGGCUCAUAGCCGCCAGGAAGCAUUGCGACCAGAUCAUACACAUCGUGGAGCUCAUGCGAAUGGGUGGUCAGUUAUCUUGCUUGCGCAGUAGCAGCGCGGUUUCCUCAUUCCGCGGCCGCUUUCAUCUCGGACGCACCGAGCCACAGUUACAAGCCUUAGUCGACAGACUCGUAAGAGACGCCCUACAUUCUCUAUCAACGAGAUUGUACGAUAAUUAUCAGUACUACACCAAUGGCAUAUUGUAAUUGUGUUGAAUUUUAUUGAUCAAGUGCAAAAUUUUACGUUGAGGGUAGAUGUUUUUUUAUUAUCUAUGCUAUGAAUCAUCGUUCUACGGCCGCGCCUAUUGGAACAUGAGAUUGUUAGAAUUCUGUAACGACCAGACGUAUGAUAAAAUAUUGUAAACUUUAUGUGUUAUAAUCUUUUGAUCUGUAUAAUUUAUGAUUU